AUGGCAUCCCGUAAGGAAGAUAUGAUUAAUGAAAUUAAGUUUAUUGGUGAUUUAUUUUUAGGGAGAGGAUAUCCUGGACAUUUAGUUAAGGAUAUUACUGAAUAUGUAUCGAGUGAAUGGGGGAGGAAAUAUGUACUCCUUUUGGGGAUUGGUAUCACUGCACCUAUCAAUCAAAGUGGAACAAAUGAUGGUUACCAGAGGGCUUGCAUUUUGGGAUACAGCCAAUAUGCAGGAGAAAUAAGAAAUAUAAUUGAGAAAAACUGGAACAUUAUAACAAGUGAUGAAACAUUGAGUGGUAAAAUUGAGGAGAAACCUACAUUUGUUUACAAAACUGGGAUGAAUAUUAAAACAAUGAUAGAAAGUAGAAGUACCAAUAAAUGGGGGAGGAAUAUUAGCAAGGAAGGUACAAAAAAAUGUGGACACUGUAAUCAGUGUUCAUACAUGAUGGAGGAUGAGCAGAUAUGCUUGGACAACAUAAUGGGAGAUGGUAUGUUACAUUGGAAACAUGCUAAAAAGGCAGAGGAAAUUGACGAUCCUUCUCCUUCUGUAGAGGUAGAGAUAGCAGCUUAUGUUUUGCUUGCCUUGAUGUCAGUUCCUAAUCCAUCUUCAGAUGACUUUACGUCUGCGGCGAUGAUUGUGAAGUGGAUUACCAAGCAGCAGGGUCCAUAUGGUGGUUUUGAUUCUACACAGGACACAGUUGUGGCCCUUCAAGCUCUGUCCAAGUAUAGUGGAUGGGCAUUUAAUGGCAAAAGUCAUGUGACAGUGAGUAUCAGGUCUAAGAAAAAUGUAGUGGAAAAUUUUGUGGUGAACAACAACAACCGUCUACUGCUUCAGCGAGCAACUCUGACAGAUAUUCCUGGAAACUACACAGCUGAAAUCAGUGGAGAUGGAUGCAUACUUCUUCAGACCACUUUGAAAUACAACAUUCCACCUCCAGUGAAAGUGUCUGCCUUUGCCAUUCAAGUGGAAACUGAUCCUAGUAACUGCACAUCGUUAUCAGUGGUUAAUUUUAAUGUCAUUAUCACUGUAAGCUAUACUGGUGAACGGAACGUUUCUAAUAUGGCCAUCAUUGAGGUGAAGAUGUUAUCAGGUUACAUCCCAGACAAGAAAUCAGUUAAGAAGCUUCAGUCUGAUAACCCAGUGGUGCAGAGGACAGAGGUGAAGACACAUGAAGUCAUCAUCUACCUAGAAGAGCUGAGUCAUGAAACAAAGAAGUUUGUAUUUCAUGUAGAAGAAGAGAUCCCUGUCAAAAAUCUGAAGCCAGCGAUGGUCAAAAUUUAUGAUUAUUAUAAUGAGAGAGCUGAUAAUGCAGUUACACAAUACACUGCCCCAUGCAGUAAAAAAGCAGAAACAUAAACAGAACAAAUGCUGAUCCUGACUUAAAUAUAAUAAUUCUUCAUGAGAAACUGUGAUGUUAACAUGACGUAUGAAGAAAACAGCACAAGCUGAUCCUUUUAUUCACAACAGUCCUUCCUGAGAAACUAUGAUAAUGCAUGAAGUAUUAUGAAAGGACAGAACUGACCAGAAAUGGCAUUGCAGUAUUACAAUUUAUACAUAACAGAUGGCAUAGUAAAACACAGAGCUGUGUUUUGCUUUUAAAGUUUGGUGAAACAAUCUUUUGCAAAAGUGAUUCAUCAGCAUUACUGACUACCAUACAUUAUUUCCUAACCAUAUAUUUAUAUGAACACUGUAGUAAAACAUUAUUUUAUAAACAUCAUUUCAUUUCUAUUUACCUUAAAAAAUGUUGUAUACUGUUUCACUGUGGAGGUUAAUACAAGUGAAAUGUAAACAAAAAUGUAUGACUACAUUUAGGUAACCUUUAUGUUUCUACAGAUGUAGGUCUAAAUAAAGUGACCAUAAAUAUUAAUAAAAUAUGAUUCAUGAGAUACAAAAGA